AUGAGCGACGACGAGAGAGCACUAGAAGGUGAUAGUAAAGAUCCUGCUUCUUCCUCGAGCUGUUCAAAUUCAUACGAGUUUAGCCACGCUGCUGCUAAAGUUGCAGUAGCUCAGGUCUGCGAGAGCGUUGGGUACGAGCAAUUCAAGGAUCCAGCUCUUGAAUCUCUAGCGAGAUUCGCUGUUCAGUACAUUCUUCAGAUAGGUAAAACCGCUACUUCCUUCGCUAACCUAACUGGUAGGAGUCAGUGUAACGUUUUCGAUAUAGCUCUCGCUUUGGAAGAUUUGAAUGGUAGUAAUGGAGUCGAAAAGAUCUCCGCUGAGAGUUGUUCUGUUGUUCGUUCGGUUAAGCUUAGGGAAAUCAUCGAUUUCGUUGAUUCGAGUGAAGAAAACCCUUUUAUGCAGCCAUUGCCUCGUUUUCCUGUAGCUAUAAGUGAUAGGAGUAAGAAGAAGAUGAUGAUUCCUAGUUUUGAUGAAAUUGGUGAAACACCACCUGGGAAACAUAUUCCUCUUUGGUUACCGGCUUUUCCUGAUCCUCAUACGUAUAAGGAAACACCUAUGUGGAUCGAAAGAGCAUCAGAUCCUAGAGGAGAUAAGAUUGAGCAAGCGAGGCAGAGACGGAAAGCGGAGAGAGCUUUGUUGAGUUUGCAGAGGAAACUUGUCUGUAAAAUCUCCUCAGGGAAUCAUGUGUGGGGAGAUAUGGAUACUGUGAAAGAAGAAAUCAGAGAAGCUGAGGAUAAAGAACUGCGUUGUGUAUCGCCUUCGAUAUCGGGGGAGAAAGUUGAAUCAUUGAACAGAGAUGGUUUAUCAGUGAUAGAAGCAUUUGGUCCUGCCAUGGAUGCUGCAAGAGAUGGGUUUUGCAGUGAAGCUGAUACUGAAUGGAAGAGGACAAAACCUGUUGUGCUUUCUAAGCUCAGAACUGAGAAGAAAUUUCUAGGACAACCGUUGGAUCUAAGUUUGCAGAUGAAGGGUGAAGAUAGACCCAUAUCGUAUGUGCGUGAGGAGGAUAGAGAUGACAAAAGGAGAAGGGCAGAGUUCAUUUUAAGACAGUGCAUGGAGAACCCAGUGGACCUCAAUCAGAUGUAA